AUGUCCUCCUCGUCGACGCCGUGGGCCAACCUGGUGGAGGGCCUCGAGCGCCUGCUCAGCCUGAGGGCCGGCACGCCCAACCACGACCCGGAGGUGUACGCUUCGACCAAACGGAUGAUCGUCGAUACCGCCGCGCGAGUCUCGCGCGCGGAGAACGCGCGCGUCGCCAAGCUGGAGAGCGAGAUUCGGGAGCUACGGGCGGACCUGAGGGACGUGCGUCGCGACCUCGCAGACACGCGGACUGAGCUGCUCGAGAUCAAGGGCCAACAAAACGAAGGGGAGUUUCGGUUUUAG